GUUCAGUACGCCCGACCUGAACAAGAGUUAUGUAAUGUCCAAGUCCGCUUGGAAGACUGGCCUGGGUAAAUAGCGGACGGACCGAUUGCCCUGAACAGCGCAUACCUACCAUAAUACUCUCCGCUCCUUUCCUUGCCCUGUAUUCUCUCUCUCCCCUCGGGAGGGUCCUUUCUUCGCCCACGAGAAAUACAGCUUAUCGCCUCACCAUCCGAUCCAUUUGUAUCGGUGGCGCACGGAGUGAGUGCUUGUGCUGUGCUGUGCACUUCGAUAUCAUAACACCCUCGUACACCCCUCGUACACACCUCCAGGCAUUUCGUAUCUUGUCCCUCUUGUCUGCGGCAACCGUGAGCUCACGGUAAUCUCUCGGGGCGGUAAAGGUUCCAUCUGCGGACAUCGACAACUUUGCAUCGUGAUUUGUUGCGAGACCUUGACGGUUUACCUGUAAAGCUCGUUGGAGGGAGAAAGUUACAUUGCGCGGGAAGGGGCAUUUAGAAGCCCGUUACAGGCUUGCUGAGAUACCGGUACGCCAGUCGAGUCGUGGGAGCAGGAUCAAGCGAACAGAAGGUUACGGAACGAGGGUACCACCGGAGCAAACCAACUGGUGGACGAACCAACAACGGCAUCCUCCCAGUUUCGUUCCCAUCCGCAACCCUCGUUUCUUUCAUUUCUUUUAUUUCUAUUCCCCUGUCCCUAUACGUUUGAGGGGCCCUUUUUUUUUGUUUUUCUAUCAUAGAUUCACCUUACGCUGUUCGGCCUUGUCCUGCCUUUUUCUGGGGCCGACAGGAAUCCAGGAGUAAGUCAGGAGAAGCAGCCAGGAGUGCGCUACCUACCGUACUUUUCUGUUCAGUGCCAGCAGCGAGAGAAGAAACUCCUCGAUAGAGCCUUUUCUAUUCGAUCGCUUGUGCGAUAGAUUGGUGGGACACAGGAAUCUCGUGUUUUUUUUUCCAGCAGGUGUGUAAAAACUACGUGCGUGGUCUUUAUCAACGCAUCAACCCCGGGGGGCUGGCGACCGCUUAUUUUACUCUCCCUCUCUCUCUCUCUGAUCUUAGAGAUCGGUGGGAUGUAUUGGGUCGUGGACUUUUUUUACUCCAAAGUUUCAUCUGCCCUGCUUUUUUCUUCCUCCCCAUUCUGCGCGCUUCUCCGGGUCGAUUUUCAAUCCUCACCGACCCUUCCCCCCAAUCCAUUAUUCAUCACCAUCAUGUCUCCGCGAGCUGCGCUGACCUAGUUUUUCCUCUUCACAACCAGCUUGAUUAUUGCCGGGAAAGAAAAAAGGAAGCCCCUCGACCUUUGGACAUGAAGCCCUCCUCAUCAACCUCUUCGUCAAAAUACCGCGUCCAUUCUCCAUCGGAUACAGUGCCCCGCUCUCAUUCGGCGCGGAGCGGGGGAUCGGGCUCAAGGAAUAUAGGGGUAUGCUUGCUUAUCUCUCUCCUUUUCAUCCUAUUCCCUUGAUAUGUGCUUUUUGUUCUACCAUGUACCCUCUGCCCUGUCACUUGAACCUCAACUGCAACGAUGGGAGCGGCAAGAUCCCUCCCGCCGCUGCGCAGGAGCUGUUCGAGUGAAUCAGGCCGGAUGUGAGAUAGCGGAGUUCUAAAAGGGGGUUUCCGGUUUAUUCUAGGACCCACGAGACCAGCAGGUAGCUGCUUACUCGCCUUCGAGCACUCCCGCAUCGGAUUAUAACUUAUACGACGCUCGGGGAUAUCCCGUUCAGCCUUAUUUGGAGCACCACCCUUCUUACCCGAGCCAUCACUCUUACCCGCCUCCACCCCCGCAUAGCCAUGGGGCUCCCCCUCCUCGCCAACACCCUUCAUACCCAAGCUCUCAUCCUGUGCAUCCUCAGGCCUAUCACCCCACGUAUCCGAACUAUGAACCACAAGUGCCUCCUGCCCACCUACAGCAGCACCCCUCGUACCCCAGUUCUCAAUCCCUAACCCCAUACUCUAGUGGCAAUUCGCAUGCCGCCCAGUCUUCCCACUCCCACCACCCUUCGCAUGAUAGCGACUUGUCUCAGUACUCGCUUUCGGGGUACAAGACUAGAUACCGGAUCGAGCAGGAGGGCCGAAACCUCGUGGUUUUGCCAUCGGAGAAUGAUCACCCUUCCACUUCAUCCUCAUUGCGGUCCUCUCUUCCCAUAUCUGUCUCCCCAUCGCCCUCACCCCCACCACAACUUUGUCUUCCGGCUGCCGCUGUUCCUCAACAUAAUGUUCGGGCAAUUAGGGCUCCUCCCCGCGAAUGGCCGCCCGUUCGUUACCAGACGGAACUUUCCACGACAGAAGCUAAGCAAUUUAUCGGUGACGGCGCUCCCAAGUUUCUUGGGGAAUUGCGAGAGGUUUCAAACGGCCCAAGGGGCUAUUACCACCUCUUCGCAUUUGCCGGGGAUGAGUGGGAUGAGGAGUCGGACACUGCUCCUUUUCAGAGUGAUUCGUUUUACGAUAUGAGCUCUAGCCCAGAAGGCAGGCAAACCGAUGCCCUGGAACGGCCGGCUAUGGCGCACGCAUUUGGGACAUAUCCGGGAACUCUAACGCUGUCUUACUAUGUUGCCAGUUUCGGCAGCACCCUGCAAGGGCACGAAGUGGCUGCACAUGGGAAAGUUCGGAAGCUAACAAUGUUAUACGUUCUUGACCGGUUACGGAUUUUACAGGUGAAGGGGAUCGAGGAGGACCUUAGGCAGCUUCACGUGCACCUUUACGACUACUUGCUCCACGAUACUCAUAGAUAUGAUUCAAAAAGCCAUGUAUCUCUCGAUAAUCAGAUUUCAGACCUCGUUGCAGCUCUGUGUCGGCCCAGCUGGGUGAAUUUCUCGAACCCCGAAAACCAGACUAUCCCGCGAUUUUUAUCAGAUCCUAACCCGGGCGUCGCCAAUGGCUUCUUCCACCAGCUACUGCUUUCCAUAGAAUUGUACCUAAGAAUCAAUGCUAGGCAUGAAACUAAUUUGGCUGCGAAGCCACUGCCGGAUAUGCCAGAAAAGAUUAGAUGGGAUUUAAUGCUUGCCCAACGAUGGCUCGAAAAUGUGGAGGUAGAGGCACCAAGAAAGGUCAAGGACAGUAAAGGGAAGCGAGAACAGAAAUCUAGCGUUGGAUUUAGAUUUCCACACAAGAAGACCCAGGUUGGGGCCUUGCGGAACUUUGCGUGGACUUUGAAGUGAGUCUCAGAAUGCUUUCUUGAUAGAACUGCCCACCAUCUGCGCCUCGUUGGCCGUUUGGGCCAUUGGGGCCCUUCCCUCAUUCAAAGCCCGCUGGUCUUCUUUCCUGGUUCUGGCCAAGCUAUUUAUUCUGUUCCCCGAUUUUACAACUUUUCUGUUUUAGCACUGGAGCUGGUAGUCAUGCUAAUAAUGUAGGUGGCCGAACAUGCAUGAAGUGGAAUAUACACUUUCAGAGGAUGAGGAUCCCAACGAGGUUCUUGAAGAUAGGAGCAUCAACUGUAUGUCCUGGUUCACUGGGUUGCUUCUCCCAGGCAAAUCCAUGCCAUGGAUUUUGAUGAAUGCUCUCACGGAUUGCGAUCCAGACGUGCCAAAAACGUUCCAUAAUCUUUCGCAGACGACACCAAAUGUCGGAUUUCAGUAUAGAGGCCACACUUAUUGGUCGUGGGAGUGCAUAGUCGGCAAGGUUUUGGGGGCGGCCGCAGGUGUGGCACAAAUCGCCGGUUGGAUUGGCCCAUGUUCCGCAUCGGCUGAUCUUAGUCGUUCGGAAAUGGCUAUCAUCAAUCAGAUGCCUCCACGAGGGAAUAGAAUCACGCCAAGCAAUGUUCGAAGUAUGGCCCAAAAUAGCGAUCCUUUAGGCGCAUAUCAGACAACGUAUCCUGUCAACGACUAUGUACUCCUCACCCCAAACACCGAUGAUCCCGUGGAAGACAUCAGGAUCGAGCGUCUGAAUUUCUCACCGGCAGCAAGUGCCCCGAAAGCAGUGCACCGCAUCACAGAGAAUGGCCACCAAGCUGCAGAGGAGAGCCCCGUCUUGGUAUAUGACGCGUCGAUCACCUUUGCUAUUACUGUCGAACAUCGAACGAGAUCGUGGAAGGUAUCUUUACGACAUGACACUCCGUUCAUCGCGGCCUAUCCGUGCCAAAACGGGCCACACGUCCUGUUCUGCGAGUACCAGUAUCGGGUUAUAUAUGCCGAUAGAUUGGUGGAAAUCCAAAACUGGGGACCUUCGGGCGGCGUGCAGGAUUCGGAGCCCGAAGACGAGGGCGGACAGCCUGAGAACACUGCUACUGUGGUAGAGGAGGUGCUGGUUGUCGAGGCCUUCGGAGUGCCCGACAACGAAGUCUUCGCCAGGGCUUGGUGUUCAUUCUGGGGAUUACCCGCAAUUACUGCCGAUGUUAACAGGACGUGCAUCGCUUGCGCGAUACGGGAAGCCUACGCAGCGCUCGUAAGUGUCGUAAUACUCACCAAUAGAUCGAGUAUCGCUGUGGAGGUAGAAGAGGUGGAUAGGUUGAUGGAAAACCUCUAAGUCCGAGCCAUAAAUAUAUUUUUCCAAAAUCUACGGUUUCUUCGUGCCCUUCUCACUCAUCUAUUCCUUUUAUCUUUCCAUUUUUUAUAUCUCUCUGUUUAUUUAGUUGAUUUAUUGUUGCCUAUGUAGGUACGGCGGAUUCUAGCAUUGCUGGGCGUGGGUGAUUACGAUGAAAGAACACAUGCAUGGAGAAUUGUAUGCCUAGUGUGUUUAUUUGUGGCGAUGAUGUUUAUGCAUUUGUUUCUCUUUAAUGGCAUGAGAAGGGUCCUUUCUCCCAAGCUCUGGGAGCACAAGGCUGUGAAAAAAAGAAAUCGUAAAAGUGAGGUUGCGAUACCGUAAAAGCUCGUGAAACCCACUGUGAGUACAAGUACUCGUAUCUCUAUCAGCCCUCUAAUCUCCGAAUUCUGAGUCAAAAGCUCCAGAGAAGGAUUAGCA